AGUUUUUUGGUUUCGUUGAGAAAAGUUGAGGUGUUUUGAAGUUGGCAUUCUGUUGGACUGUACAACUUUUCUAACCAGCCUGCUGUCAGAGAAACUGACUCUGCUGAAGUUACUUGAACACCAGAGAAAUUAUGAUUAAUCCUUGAAGAGGAAGAAGGGUAGCCAUGUCAUUCUUUGGCUUAGACUGUACAAAGAAGAAAGAAACCGAGGUGGAGAGGAAGAUCAGAGCAAAUGACAGAGAAUAUAACUCAUCAUUCAAAUAUGCUACCAAUUCUAUCAAGACCUCCAAAUACAACCCCUUCAAUUUUCUGCCUCUCAACUUGUUUGAGCAGUUCCAGAGGAUCGCUAAUGCCUACUUCCUCUUCCUGCUCAUCCUACAGGUUAUUCCUGCUAUUUCUUCUCUGUCCUGGUUCACCACUGUCGUCCCUCUCGUCUUAGUAUUAACAGUGACUGCAGCCAAAGAUGCCAUUGAUGAUAUUAAUCGCCACAGAAGUGACAGGCAGGUGAAUAACCGUAAAGUGAAUGUGCUCAUCAAUGGAAAACUGAUAAGCGAGAAAUGGAUGAAUGUGCAAGUGGGAGACAUCAUAAAGUUGGAGAACAACCAGUUUGUCACAGCAGAUUUGCUCCUGUUGUCCAGCAGUGAACCUCUCAACUUGGUGUACAUUGAAACUGCAGAGCUGGAUGGAGAAACCAACCUGAAGGUUAAACAGUCUCUGACUGUAACAGGAGACAUGGGAGACUCUUUAGAGUCUUUGGCUGCAUUCAAUGGGUUGGUGUGCUGUGAGCCUCCUAACAACCGUCUGGAUCGCUUUACGGGCGCGCUGACAUUCGGCACACAGAAAUACUCUCUGGACAACGAGCGAGUCCUGCUGAGAGGCUGCACACUCAGAAACACAGACUGGUGUUUUGGCCUGGUGUUGUUUGCAGGCCCAGAGACUAAACUGAUGCAGAACUGUGGGAAAAGCACCUUUAAGAGGACAAGUAUCGAUCGACUCAUGAAUGUACUGGUGCUCUUUAUUUUUGGACUUCUGGCUCUGAUGUGUAUUAUUCUUGCUGUGGGGAAUGGUAUUUGGGAAAACCACGCAGGGUCAAAGUUCAAUGCCUUUCUUCCACGGGAAGAGAACACAGCACUUUCAGCGUUCCUCACUUUCUGGUCUUACAUUAUAAUCCUCAACACUGUGGUGCCCAUCUCAUUAUAUGUCAGUAUGGAAGUAAUUCGGUUAGGAAACAGUUACUACAUCAACUGGGACAGGAACAUGUAUCAUGCACGAACUGACACGCCAGCUGAGGCUCGAACCACGACGCUCAAUGAAGAGCUCGGUCAGAUCAAAUACAUCUUCUCCGACAAAACUGGCACGCUCACCCAGAACAUCAUGACCUUCAACAAAUGCUCCAUUAAUGGGAAAUCUUAUGGAGAUGUUAUUGACCACUAUAGUGGACAGAGGCUGGAGAUCACAGAGGAAAUGACACCAGUGGAUUUCUCCUUUAACCGGCUUGCGGACCCGAAAUUCUUCUUUUACGAUCAUACUCUGGUAGAGGCCAUAAAGCUGGAGCUUCCAGACGCUCAUGCUUUCUUCAGAUUACUCGCUCUCUGUCACACUGUCAUGGCAGAAGAGAAAAAGCAGGGUGAUCUGGUGUACCAGGCCCAGUCUCCUGAUGAGGGCGCUCUAGUCACGGCCGCGCGUAAUUUCGGCUUUGUGUUCCGCUCACGCACACCUGAGACAGUGACAAUAGAGGAGAUGGGGAUUCAGAGGAGCUAUGAGCUGCUAGCCAUCCUGGAUUUUAACAAUGUGCGAAAAAGGAUGUCUGUGAUUGUUCGUAAUCCAGAGGGCAAGCUCUCCCUGUACUGUAAAGGAGCAGACACCAUCAUAUAUGAGAGACUACAUCCCUCCUGCAGCGAACUGAUGAAGGUCACUACUGAGCAUCUCAAUGAGUUUGCCGGCGAGGGGUUGAGAACUCUUGUUCUAGCAUACAAGGAUCUGGAUGAGGAAUAUUUUUCAGAGUGGAAACAGCGCCACCAUGAGUCCAGUGUGGCUCUGGAGGACCGGGAAGAGAAACUGGAGAAACUAUAUGAGGAGAUAGAGAAAGACAUGAUGUUAAUAGGAGCCACUGCAAUAGAGGAUAAACUUCAGGAUGGAGUCGCUCAGACCAUUGAACAGCUGGCCAAAGCCGAAAUCAAAAUCUGGGUGCUCACUGGUGACAAGCAAGAGACCGCUGAGAACAUUGGCUACUCGUGUAACCUGCUGAGGGAGGAGAUGAACGAAGUGUUUUUUGUUGCAGCUAACUCACCCGAGGAGGUCAGGCAGGAACUGAGGGAUGCCCGUCAAAAGAUGUCUCCUGAUAGUGAACAAGACAAAUUCCUUAUUCCUGAGAUUAUCCUGGGUGAUACUCCUGAAGUGGUUCAGGAUGAAAUCGUAAAUGGAGACUACGGACUGGUGAUAAAUGGACACAGCCUGGCAUUCGCUCUGGAAAGGAACAUGGAGCUGGAGUUUUUACGGACGGCUUGCAUGUGCAGGACAGUCAUCUGUUGUCGGGUGACUCCUCUGCAGAAAGCUCAGGUGGUGGAGCUGGUCAAGAAAUAUAAGAAAGCAGUCACUCUAGCCAUAGGAGACGGAGCUAAUGAUGUCAGCAUGAUUAAAGCGGCUCAUAUCGGUGUGGGCAUCAGCGGUCAGGAGGGGAUGCAGGCAGUGCUGUCCAGUGACUUUUCUUUUGCUCAGUUCCGUUUCCUGCAGCGCCUCCUGCUGGUACACGGCCGCUGGUCGUACCUGCGCAUGUGCAAGUUCCUGCGCUACUUCUUCUAUAAGAACUUCACCUUUACUUUUGUGCACUUCUGGUAUGCAUUUUUUUGCGGCUUUUCAGCUCAGACAGUGUAUGAUGAAGGCUUCAUCACUUUGUAUAAUUUGGUAUACACCGCCCUGCCUGUUCUGGGAAUGAGUCUGUUUGACCAGGAUGUGAAUGCUGGCUGGAGUCUGGAGUACCCUCAGCUGUAUGUCCCAGGGCAGUUGUGUCAGUACUUCAGUAAACGUGCUUUCAUGAUGUGUGCACUUCACAGCUGUUACAGCUCUCUAGUGCUGUUCUUUGUGCCUUACGCUGCCAUAUAUGACACGGCGAGAGACGACGGCAAAGAUGGUGCAGACUAUCAGUCAUUCGCACUGAUUACUCAAACCUGUCUCACCGUCACUGUGUGUGUACAGUUGGGGCUGGACCUCUCAUACUGGACUGUCGUGAACCAUCUUUUCGUGUGGGGUAGUUUGGGAAUGUUCUUCAUCUUGACCUUCACCAUGUACACUGAUGGACUUUUCCUGUUACGUCCAUCUUCUUUCGCAUUCAUAGGAACUGCCCGAAAUUGUCUUAACCAGCCCAAUGUUUGGCUGACUGUUGGAUUGACAGCUAUACUCUGUGUGCUUCCUGUGGCUGCUUACCGGUUCUUCUACAGCCAGAUCUGUCCUACAAUCAAUGACAAGGUGAUGUAUAAGGUGCGUCAGAUGAAGGAGCCUGCUCCUCGUCCACGCCGUGCCAGGCUCACCCGAAGAAGCACACGACGGUCCGGUUACGCCUUCUCGCACGCCCAUGGUUAUGGUGACCUCGUGACCUCUGGCAGAUUUCUGCGGCGACAGGCACCUGUUCGCUCCAUGGGCUUGAUUCCCACUGGACGCUCUCCUGGGUUCAAGCCCACAGGUCGGUCUGCGGGUUACAGCCCGGUCGGGCGAGAACAGAACCCCAAACAGAAAGUAGAACCAACGUCAUUACAGAUGUUCCGUGCAGUUAAAGACGCUUCCUUUUGA